AUGGCCCGCAAACCUGUCAUCGGAGACGUGGCGCUUAUUCCCGUGGAUGACGAAGGAACGACGCUCGAACUUCAGCAGCAUGUACGCGCAAUGGUCACAUACCUACACACGCAAGUCGUCCACCUUCUCGACGCCAUCAACACAUCUGAGGACGCCAUUGUCUCAUUUCUGCGUGGCUUGACCGCCAAAAUUCGGAUUUCACAUGCUUUCCACGUCUGGUUCGUGGAUGACUUCCCCGGGCACGACACUCUCGACGACCUGAGCAACGAAGGGAAGCAGCAAAAGUUGGGCGAUGACUGUCGGGCUUCAGAGAUAGAGAAGAAGAAGUGGAUGGAGUGCGCUCGAUGCGGAGAAGAAGUCGAUGGAGUGCGCUCAACGCGGAGAGGUAGUAUGGCGGGAAUUUGUCAGAUCACCGAUCGGAAGGCUGGACACCAGACGUUGUGCAAGACCUGA